UGUCCAACAUGAUCACAUAUCGCAUUCAAUCGGGGAAAUGCAAGGAUACAGGUUGACCAUGGAAGACGCGUUCUGUGAUUUGAACGAAAGAAUAUUCGUGACGGAAGAGGGACUUGACAUCAGAAAACAAGACGAGAAUACAGAGGGUGAUCUGGAGUCUCUUCAAAUUAACAUUUAUGGUGUCUUUGACGGACAUGGCGGUUCGGGAGCAUCUAGAUAUGUUAGCCAAAAACUGCCAUCGCUUUUGCGAGAUGAGCUUAUACUAACAAUCAAUAACUUACCUCAGGUAUCUAGAUCAAAGCUUUUGAAUUGCCAAGAAGUGUUAAAGGCAAUUGAUUUUCCUCGGCUUCUGCGAUCAUCAUUUAUGAAAUGUGACUCUAUGUUUUAUAGCCAUCACGACAACAACAGUGGAACAACAGCAGUGGUGCUGAUAAUCUUUUGUGGCUACGCAUUUGUGGCUAAUUCCGGUGACUCAAGGUGUAUAUUGAGUCGAAAGGGAGCCACAAAAACGCUGUCUUUUGAUCAUAAGCCAAGGAACCUGGGUGAGCUAAUGCGAAUCCACAGCGACGGAGGUUACGUUUCUACCAACAGAGUGAAUUCAAUUUUGGCUUUGAGUAGAGCCUUUGGAGAUUUCUCCUUCAAGAUGCAUACAGAAAACACUUACUCCAGACAACUGAUGUUCACAACAGCCAAACACAAAUAUACUCCUCCCGAAGAAUAUCAAGUUACUGCAGAACCCGAUAUUCUCAUACAUAAGAUUACUCAGCUGGAUGAGUUCUUUAUUCUUGCUUGCGAUGGAAUAUGGGAUUGCUACAAGUCUCAUGAAUUGGUACGUUUGGUGAGGCAUCAUCUCUCACUGGGAAAAAAACUACCUGAGAUCAAUGAGAUAAUUCUUGAUAAUUGUAUCAGGAUGGCAAAUACAAUAACUGGCAUCGGGUUCGAUAAUAUGACAUUGAUUAUCGUUGCCUUGCAUCAAGACUACAAAGAUUUGAACAAUUGGUAUACAAAAAUGAAAUACAGAAUUCUGGACGAGCAUUUUGGGCCCUCUGGGCAUUGACGACGAAAGAUCACAUCUUCUGAGUAUAGCUGCAUGUACUAAUUCAUGUUGAACAGUCUAACCUUGCUUCACUGAAUGACUUGUCGGUUGUUUCUUUGAUCAACUGGAUUACCUUUUUCAUUUUUUCCUCACCUUCACUGAUACCGAAGGUUUGCAGUGGCUUUAAUUCUCCUUUCAUCCACUUCUUCAGGCACUUAGCACGCUGCACCUCACCAAGUCGUGAAAUAGACAUCUGGUUAGGUUCGUAGAAAGUAAUGAUAUCGACUAUAAGCCCGAAUUGAUUAAGUAAUUUGCUGACAAUCAACGGCACUAGCGAACUCAGGUAAUUCGUAGGGCGUCCCGUUUCAAUCGCCGCGACAACAUAGUCACCAGCUUUGAACACACAACUUCUUGGUGGGCAAGAUUUUGAGGUCAUAAGUAUAGAACCAACGAGUGCAUUAAUUGAUUCCUCGAUGUCAAUCGCAAAGUACUGCAUUCCCAAAACCUCAAAAGUCUCUUCAGCUUUUCCCAAGUAGAAAAGUAGUUGCAUUUCAACGACGUUUCCAUUAUCUAGAGUCUUCUCAAUAUUGUGUAAGAAGCCAAAGUCUCCUGUUCUCAUAUAGUCCAAAUCUUUGUUCCAAUUUUCAAUUUUGGCUCUCAGUCUAGAGUCAUCAAACUUUCCUGUUUGUGUUACUGUUACAUUUGAAACUGUCGAUUCAGAGCAAACCCAAACUUCUCCAAACUCUCCAACUUUGCAUAUCUUAGAUGUUUCGGGAUUGACCACUGCUAACUGUGUGUUCACAGGAACUAUGCCGGAAUCCUGCAAAUGAAUUGCGUACGGCGAAUCACUAGGAUUGACCAAUGACACAUAUCCUUGAGUCAAUGCAAGAGGGUCGACCCACAAAUCAAGGGGAGCAAAAGACAGGUAUGAUCUCAAUGAUAUCAUAGGAUUAAGAUCGUGCUGAUACACAUUGGACACAGCAAACGGCGACAAAUCUGUCAGUUGCAUAUGGUUCAAAAAGGCAUUCAGUAGUUUUCCAGAUGGACGGGCAUCCCAGCCAAUCAUUAGGUUUUUCAAAGAAGAGAGAUCACACUUUUUUGGAGCAGGAUUCUCGAUGGCAUAUGCUAUCAUUUUUUCUGUGACAAACACAUUUUCCACUUUAUAACGAUCCAAGCUUAAAAAGAAUUUGGAAGGAUUUAAUGAAUAGUCCAAAGGCGAUAUCAGAUACGUUGUUGUUCCCAAGUAGACACCUAACAUCAUCGAUUGAAGGAAUCCAAGCCCUGAACAGUGUCUCACACAAGCGCAUAAAGGUUUUGUGCUAUUUAUCUGGCAUGUUUCUUUGAGAAUCUUACACAUAGCCAUCAAAUUCGAGUGUUGUAAUUUCGUUCCCUUAUACUGAUGAUCCUCGGUCCAAGAAAUCCACACUAGACAUUCAUCUCUCUUAUUUCGUGGCUUGGAUUUAUACUGCUCCAUCUUUUGAUACAUCACCUUUGAGUUGUUGGGGUAUUUUGUAUGUUUAGAAGUAUUUCGACACUUGGGAAUAUUGAUCUUCAGUUGGUUUGAAAGGGUUUUCAUCUUGGAAUUCACCGGUUUAUUUUUCAAUAAUGUUUCCGUAUCAUUGUUCACAAAUAUUGCUUGUACAUUGAAAUCCUUGAUGAUACUUACAAGUGACAACGUGUCUUCUUCAAGUCGAGUCACAUCCAAAGGAGGCAAAAGAAUGGGCACCAGCCCUCCCAGCCAACAAGCAUAUAGACACACAAUAACUUCCUCAGAUAAAGGGUACAUCAAAAUAACGUAGUCACUGGAUUUAAGAUUUUGCUUUUCAAGAAUAUAAGAACAAACUGCAAACACUUUCAUUUCCACUUUUUUCCAGGAUAGUGAUUUGCUUUCUUUAACACUUUGUCUGUCAAUAAUUCCAUAUGCCAUCUCGUCAGCCUGUUUGGAAGCUCUUAUUUUAAAAAGUUCAAGUAUCGAUUUGUACCCUGUUAGCUCCAAAUUUGUACGAUCAUCCACACAUUUCUCUCUCAGAUCCAGACCUGAAUAUUGGAGAUCUGUGUAGUUAAGAGCCUCUACUCGAGAAUUGGAAGAAUAUAGAGACCAUAUUCCGCCGCUAAUGUCUUCUCCGUGGGGUAUUGCACUCAAUGAAUUUGAUAGAUUGAAUUUAACAUAAACGGAAGGUAUUUUUCCCUCCAUAAACCGCCGCUUGCAAAGCAUAUUGGCAAUCUCUGGUCUACC